UUUAAGCAAGGCACGUGGGGUUGCACUUGCUAUUUUAGAGGAAAAAAUAGUUACUGUAAAAUACAGUUACGAAGAUCUACUGAUCCAGAUCUCUUCCUCUUCCUCUCUCAGCUUCAUACAAGUCAGCACACAUCUAACACCAUCUCCAUCGAGUUGUUUUACUUAGGAUGGCCUUGGUCACCACUGCUGAAGUUUGCGAUGCAAACCCACAGCUUAUUGUGAGUGGUGAACUACGUGCCCUGCAGCCAAUCUUCAAAAUCUAUGGCAGGCGCCAAGUCUUCUCUGGACCUGUUGUCACUCUGAAAGUAUUCGAAGACAACGUUUUGGUUCGUGAGUUUCUCGAGGAGAAAGGUAACGGGAGAGUUCUUGUUGUCGACGGGGGUGGUAGUCUGAGAUGUGCAAUUUUGGGUGGCAACCCCGUGGUACAAGCUCAAAACAACGGAUGGGCUGGGAUCGUAGUAAAUGGCUGUGUAAGGGAUGUGGACGAAAUCAAUGGCUGUGAUAUCGGAGUCAGAGCUCUGGCUUCGCAUCCGAUGAAAGCUAAUAAGAAGGGUAUUGGAGAGAAGCAUGUUCCGAUAACCAUUGCCGGGACUAGAAUCUGCGAUGGUGAGUGGCUUUAUGCAGAUACCGAUGGCAUUCUUAUUUCAAAAAUGGAGCUAUCUGUUUGAGAAUGUCCCGUCGCAAAUUAAGUGCAUAUGAGUUGUGAACUUACUUUUAUGGAGCUUAUGGUCUAACUGCUGCUCUGCACGUAUGGGAAUUGUAAGCUCCAUUAAUCUAUUGUAUGUUGUAAGUCAAACUCGUCGUUGGAACAAGUUUUACGCAAUUUUACUCUCUAUUUCCUCUUAAA